GCAAACACUUCGAUCGAUAUCAUUCAGGCUGAUUCCGUUUGGUUCCGUUGCUAAAGACACUUGGGAAUAUCGAUGUCACGUAUAUCGUGUAAACACUGGAAACGAGUUUGGUUGAUCGAACGAACAUGACGUCGAACGAAAGGCGAUGUUUCUCUGCCCCGACCGCGUUCAGGCACAAGGCGUACGAGCAACACCGUUUUAAAGUGGAACACGCUACGUGCGCGAUCGACGUGAAUCCACCGCGAAGUAGACCGCACGUGAUUCGCAACGCGAAGGGAUUGCAAAUCGAAAGAGAGAAGCAAGAACGUAUAAUGAGAGAGAAUUUCAUACUUCUAAAAAAAUUGCGCGACAUCAUGCACCGGAAACCACCCACAGAUGAAACCGCACACAGAUUGAAAUGGGUCGAAUCCAAAUGCAUUCGAACUCGUUGAUACAAAUUACAAAUUGGUUGAUAUUAUACCAUCAUACAAAUACCAUCGUGCCUCUCUUUUCUACAGUUGCAGCUUUUUGUUUCGAUAUUAUUGUCGUAGUCGCAUUUCUUAAAAAUACAGUGAGAAUUUUUAUCCACUUUCGUCGUGUGUAAGUCGUUUACAUAUUUAUACCUUUUUAAUAAACAAGCGAAUAUA